AUGGAUGAAAUUGUCCAUCUAAAUGUGGGCGGUUGUACAAUGUACACCACGAAGCGGUCGACUCUGAUUCGCUACAAGAAUUCCUUGCUGUUCAAAAAGUUCCAGUUGCUAAGAUUUAAUAAUGACAAAGUAAACGGAGCUUACUUCAUCGACGGAGAUGGGUCCAUCUUCCGCCAUGUCCUCAACUUCCUCCGACGGGGCAGGCUGACUCUACCGGAGGACUUCAAGGAGUGGGAGCUGCUGGCCUCAGAGGCCGAUUUCUACCAAAUUGAGGAUUUAGUGGAGGCGGUGAAGGCGAAAAAGUUUCAGAGGGACACCUACAGUUCCUAA